AUGUAUGUGAAAUGGUUUGAUACAGUAAUGUUUUACUAUGUUAUUUUAGUGAAUUUAGUGAAUGUCACUUUUUGUCAUUUUCAAAUUUCCCGCCGUUCUGUCCCCCGUACGUCCCGACGCUCGCAGGGGACAGAACCCAGAUGACAGAUGCCGGCAUCCGCUGGAGGGCAAUACAGGGGACACUGCAGGGGGGACAUCGCGGGAGCACAGGACAGGGUAAGAGAAGAACAGAUCCCGGAGCAGCGCCGCAUGGUAAGCCCGAGUGUAGCUCGGGGUUACCGCUUGUGCUACACUCGGGAAUACUGCCAGGGAGGUUA